AAGUGAAAAGUAUAGAAGCUUAAUCAGUAAAACAAGAAAUUAUCAGUAUACUGAUGGUUAAAAAUGACGUUUGGAUGAACUGCAGAGAGUGAAGGAAUAAAUUAAUGCGAAAAAUACUUUUUAAUGUUGCCCACGAGUUUGAAUAAGAUUUCUAAUAUAGAAAUAUUUUUCUUAAGUACUAACUCUUUUUGUUAUGUCAGUUUUUGAUAUGUUGCAAACGACAAAAAAUAAUAAAACCAUGAAGUUCGUGAUGCAAAAGUUUACAAGUCAAUGUAUAAAAAAAGAUUCUUACGAGUUGAGAACCUUCCCAUUUUAGGCAAGUCGUUUUAAAAAAUACGGAAAAUAUUUGACACUCUCCAAACUCUGACAAGAAAUUAAAAAAAAAAAACAAAAAAAAUCCGUUAUUUUCGACAGUUAAUGUCCUCCUAGCCGAUUUUCGGCCAAGGCGGCUGUUCUCAUAUAGGAGUUUAGCCAACUGAGCAGGAAAUAUUAUAGUGCAGGCACAUUUGCUUGGACACAGUUGAACUCACUUUUCUUCUCUCAUAGCGCGAUGGUACGACAAUCCGACACCACCAGAGAGAGGUCAUAAGCGGGACGGACAUUUUUUCAUUUAAAAACAAAUGACUGUUGUGACGACAAGGAUUUAAUUUCAUGCAUCCGUUUCCAUUUCAUCCACGACUGACUUUUGUUUAUUAAGAAUCGUAAAAUAACAAUCAAAUAGUAAUCAGUUUUAGAUAUAGGUUUUUCGAUGAUAUUCGUAAGAGAAAAAAUAAGAUAAGCGGCUAUUUCAUUUGGUAUUUAUAAUGAAAAUUUGUGUUUUUAUAUUAUUUAUGGUCAUACAAACUUUAACAGCCGAAAAAGCCAUAUCGAAACUAAGCAGAAAGCUAGUGAUUCCGAAACUCAAUGAUACAUGUAGGAAAAUCAAAUGUGCCGCAAUUGAAGAGCCGGAAUGUGUGAAAUUGAAACGUCACGACCUACCCAUUGAUGUUCAUAUUAUGGUUGUAAAUAAAUGCGAAUUGGAAUACAUGAAAUGUCAUGAAGGUGUGGAAGCUAAGAUAGUUCCCAUGAAGUUCUGUAGCCACGGGAAAAGAGUUGGAAUGGCUCAUAAGAAGAAAAAAACUGAUAGUAAAAGUAAAGUGAAUAAGCGAGUGAAGAGAAGAGUUUUCCGAAAAGAAGCUUUAACAACUGAAGUACGAGUCAAACUAGUAAAUCAUCCAAAAUACGUGGACGCCAUGAAUAAAUAUCACGGAACACAUAGUGCAAACAUUACACAGAAAGGCAAGACCAUCAAAAUCAAGCAAAAAGAACCAACCAAGAAGGUUCCUCUAAAAUUGAAGAAGGAAGACUCCAAAAUUAUUGCAAAGGAUAUUAAAGAUAGAUUGAUAACUAUUAAACCUAAUGGAAAACCACAUGCAAGGGAAGCAGCUGACUUAGAUGAAAGAAAUAAAAUUUUUAAUGGUAUCGGCGGUCAUGCCUUUGACCUGAAUGAAGACCAAAAGGAUUUAAUAAUACCAAAACUCACACCUGAUUAUGAAAGAUUGAUUUGGCCUGAUGACCCAGAGUCUAUAUCUAAUCCAUUACCAACCAUACCACCAAAGAGGCCGGUUACGACGAGCUUUCCAAUGUUGUCUAUGGAAUCCACAAACUACGGCAGAGGGUUAAUAGCACAAGCAGACAAGGAUUACGACGAGCAGAACUCGUGUCCUGAAUCCUGUCCGUCACGUGAUGUGAUGGUGUGCGGGCUGUGUCAACAUAAUGUCUACAAGACAUUCCUCAGCGUCUGUCAUAUGAAGAUGUUCGUAUGUGCACACCCUGAGGAAGAACUGAAACUAGUAUCCCGAUACCCUUGCGUGCUGUCCGCUCCAUACCUAUCAGACCAAGGCAUGGAAGCCAAGGGUCGGAGGGUGGAGGAAAAUGAUGAUGACAAGGUACUGCGGUUCAUCAUCUGCCGGGACAGGAACAAGCUUGGGGAAAUCGUUGCUGACGAUCCGAAGUGCAGUUUUCCCGAAGAAACUCAACUCAAAGUCGAUUUCCAGUACGAUUUCAAAGGAAUUUACAUGCCUAUGGACUCUCAAAUGGUUAGCAAUGAAGAAUCAAAGAACUAUUAAUCUUUUUAUCUCUUAAAAUAUAUAUAAUUUAAUUAUCUGAAACCACACACUGCACUCCAGUUUU